GGCUUGUCUUGAGGAAACGGCCAGUAUGGAUCCACCGCGGGAUAUUCAACAUUUUAAACGAAAUAUUGCUACUCGGUCUACGGUAUCGUCGUGUUCCUCCCUCGCCAUGGAGAUUAAGAGGAAGAAAAUAAGAGAAAGCAUGUUUUUCCCAAAUGAGGACUGUGAUAUUAAGGAGAAGAUGGAGUUUGAGAUGCGAAUGAGAGCGGGGGCUUAUAAGCUUAUGGUUGCCAGUACUAAAAAGGAGCAGGUCUUGGAUGCAUCCAGAAGUCUGUUAACUUGUAAUGCCAGAAUUAAAGCCUACAUGAGUGAAGCCCAGAAGAGGAUGGGGCACCAGGACUUCAAAAGGCCCUCAGUCUCUCAGGGACAAGUUCCUUGUAAGGGAAAGGUUGCCAUAUCUGGUCUGCGAAUUCCACUGUUUUGGAAGGAUUCAGAGCACUUUAACAGCAAAGGAAACACACAGCGGGUGGCAGUCUUCUGUUUGAUGAAGAUUGGCUCAGAGAUUUUUGAUACUGAAAUGGUGAUUGCAGACUCCUCAAUGACCGAUAUUUGCUUUGAAGGUGUUAAGAUUUUCUCUGAAGUGAAGCCGGACUUUGAACUGACGUUUGAGCUGUAUAUCUGUGGACUGGAUGAGGAAGCAACUUUUGUCAACACUCCAAAAAAACUAGCCAGGAAGCUGCGCUCCUCAUUCGGCAGAUCUUCAGGCAGGAAACUCUGCCCUCUUCUGGAUGGAGGAGACCCAGACACUUUCCUCCAGUCCAACCCAAUACCACCAGGAGCACGGUACUCAUUGUUGGCAUACACCAUGCUGGGUUUGGAGCAGGCAGAGGGAUCUUUCCAAUCUCAUUCUCUCAUAAUCCUGCAAAAUAUGGAGGCUUCAUCAUGGCUGCCGCUGUAUGGAAACCUGUGCUGUCAGCUGGUGGCACAACCUGACUGUAUGACACUAGACAUGAUGAGCGGCUUCCUUAGCCAACAGCAAAGCAUUGAGGGAUUGCAACGGCGUUGUAGGUUAUACUGUGUGCUGAAGGCUGGAAAGAUUGCAUGUUAUUACUCUCCUGAAGAGAUUCAAGCUAAAGUGGAGCCGAUCCUCAUUAUUCCCAUAAACAAGGAGACCCGUAUUCGUGUGGUAGAAAAUGACCACCAGAGGACUGGCUCUAGGCUCAACUUGAUAAACCCAGGGAACAGAGACUCUGCCAGUCACGUUUUUAUUGCUGAAUCUCCAGAUGUCCUGCAGGAGUGGCUGGAUUCCCUCUGGCAGCACAUUUAUGAUCAGAGUCAGUGGCAACAUGCAUGUGACAAGCUCAUGGAAAUCAAUGUUUUGUCACCACAGAAACCCCCGCUCUUUCUGACAAAGCAAGCUGACUCCGUUUAUAAUGAUCUGAGCAUUGGGUCCCCUGGGAAAUUUGAGAGCUUGACAGACAUAAUUCACAAUAAGAUUGAGGAAACUAAUGGCCGAUUUCUAAUUGGCCAGGAUGGGGAGACGGAGCCUCCUCAUUGGGCAGCUCUGUUUGAAGGCUCCCGGCCAAUAGUGGUACAAAAAACGGUUCUGUCACCAGGUAAAGAAAGCAAUCGCUCCAUUACGAGCCCUGAUACAGGCAGCAAAAAGAAGAGGAGAGCUCCACCACCCCCUCCUGAUAAAUUACCCUUCACCAGCGUUUCAUCCAAUCAGGAGAAAGAGAACUGUAAGGGGCCCAAACCAUGGGCCGGGCGACCCUCGCUGGAUGCUAAAUUCUCUGCCAUCAUUCAGCAGUUGCAGAAAAGCCACACAUCCACACGCAAAAAUGCACCUCUUGGACAGAUCGAGACUGGUCAACAGCCUGAAAAAAGAGCUGAGGGGUCCGAUCUACCUGAAUUUACAGGGAAAGAAUACAGUGUGGUCCCUCAGCCUCCUCUGCCGGCCCCAAGAAACAAACUGAGGAUGUCAUUCCGAGAGAAGAUGAACCCCAAAGCCUGGUGAAUUAAUGAGGCAGGAGACAUUUCUUUGAUUAAUGCUCUGUUAUGGAAAGAUAGAAACGUCCUUGGACUCAUAAGGAGAGAAACUCCCUCUUGUCCUUGUAUUGAUCCAUAACAAGGGUCAGCGGGAGGCUGGAAGUGAAUAGGAAUACAUGAAUUGCAGAGUUUGUUCUAAGCUUGAGCAAACAACUUAAAUCAGACCACUUCUUUCUUUUUGUAGAAUCUUAAAUGCAUUUCAGGUACGUCCUGUAAUUGGACGAUUGCUAAGUUUACUUUCAAGACUGGAUGGAGCCUAAACUUCAGCUCUAACUGAAAACUGUGUAUCAUGUCUUUAAUACUAAUGUCUGUAUGAACCACUCAUUCUGUAACCACUUCAGCUAAGCACUUUAAGAUUUUGUCCCACCAUCUGCAACAGCAUUUCAGUUGUCUUUUUUUUAUGUCAUAAUGUGAUCGGAAAAUUGUGCCUGUGGUAUGAAAAAUGUUUUUUUUUAAGUAUCUACAUAUAGAAUAAUGAUUUUAUACAGGUAAACACUUUUGAAUAAUUUACUAACAUUUAAUGUUUUGUUUUAAAUUUAGACACUAAGGGUUAAUUUGUUGUAUUUGGAUAGUUUUACAUUAGUUUUGUAGGGUACAGUGUACAUGGAAAUAUCUUAUUAGGGUAAAUAUUGUAAUUCUUGUUUGUUGCCUUUUAUGUACACUUUUGAACGGUUAUGUAGCGCACACAUUACGUUCCACUCAAUGUUGUUGAUUCUUAAUGAUGUUAAUGAUCUAAUUCAUAUUAUGGUGCAAUAUCUUUUUAGUUUUUGUACUUUUUUUAGUUGUUAGAGUAAUUCUGUCUUUAUCAAACAUUAAUCUGGGUCUCUUUUUCUUUGGGCAUUAAUGUAACCUGGAAAGAUAUUUGCAGUUAUUUUGCUAAAAUGAAAUGGAACAACAUUAAAAGGUUGUACUAAA